AUGGACGAAGUAUUCAAUGAUCCGACAGUUCUUGAGGGCUGCAUUCUGGAGAAGAAUAGACUGGGAGCUCGCUCGGUCGCCGACAUCCGCAUCCAGGCUCUGGACUGGGUUGACGGCGCUGAUUAUCCAGUCGCCCAGAGUCUGUCUAUUGGGCAGCUGGCAAACUCUAGGCCGCCGCUUAGGAUCAUAUUCCCGCAAAAUGCGCGAGACGAUGGCCUGUUAUGGCUGGUGCAACACUACUCCAUCCCAACGGCAUUUCUGGAGGGAGAAUAUCGCGCAGUGACUCAUUCAUUUGGGUCAUUGGAUACAAAUGACGGAUACAGAUGCUGCUGGUUCAACUAUCUCUGCAAAAACAUCACAGUCAUCCCGGGGCCAGAACCAGUCAUCGCAGACCCCAGGAUAAAAAACCGAAACAAAAUCACGCAAAGUGACUUUACAUGGAUGAAAUCGGCAUUCUUCCUGCGAUGGCCGAUUGACCUGACUGCUUCCCCAGGUGUGACUCUAAUAUGUUUGGGAGGGCACAUGGUGAUAAACCGCCUGCAAACUCUCUCUUACAGUGCUGUAAAAAAUGGAAUUAUACACGAUCCACUGAGUUUGUUCGUCGUGAUACUAAACCGACUGUCGGCACAUAUGAAUAACGCGGUGUGGGAUCUAUCAAAAGUGUUUGCAGGGAUUGAGACUAAAGCACUCGGAUUGAGCCAUGACAGGGAAUCGUUUACUGGCCUGCACAAUAUUUCAAAGCACGUCAUAUUCCUCCAGGAGAGCUCAGAAGCGGCUCUUGAGACAGUGAAGAAUCUAUCUCGCCACCACGAGGACCUCUCACCGAAAACUACAUCUGAAGAGCAGGCCGCUGGCAAGGCAACGAGGCGGACUAUUGCACAGGUCGAGGCGGAAUUCAAAGGCGUCAAGCUGCGCCUCAGGAGUCUGGAUAGACGCAUGCAAAACGUGAUUGCCUUGUCAUUCCAUCUUGUCACCCAAGAGGGGAACGAGUUCCUCCAAGCAGACAGCAGCACCAUGGCGACCAUCGCGUUCGUCACCCUAGUGUUCUUGCCCAUCACCACCGUAUCUACAAUCUUUGGUAGUCAAUUUUUCAAUGUAGCCGACGACAACUCCGCCAUCGAGGUGUCAAAGGACUUUUGGAUCUUCUGGGUAGUUUCGAUCCCGCUAACACUUAUUGUCCUGCUGGGAUGGACGCUGUGGCGGAAGCGCGGACUCGUGGCAAACCACGCCGCCUGGAUGCGUGCACUGCGGCCAUUUGCACAGGAAAAAGGAGGCAACUGA